GAUAUAACUUGCGUCAAAUCCACCUGAUAAAACCGGUGCUUAUAACACAACCGGUCCUUAUCCCUCUGAUAACCCCCCCCGCCCUGCUCCUUCACCAGCUGAUCCAGAACCUGCGGUGGCCCAUCCCACGUCCACUCCAGAUUGAUACUAAUGCGACAAUCUAGCGGUGAUCGCGGGAAGUGAAUAUUGGUGUCCGCAACCCGAGCCUUCACUAUACGAGCCAAGACCUGAUUCGUCUUCUUUUCGUACGUGAUCCUCACCCGUGGUGGCUUUCGGCCAGCAAGCCUCGUCACGCACUUGGGCAGGUGCCUGUCCCGGAUCUCGGGAGGUAGCUCGACGAAUCGGUCGAUUUCGCGGCGGUGUAGAUAUUCGAUCGGGACGCGCGUGCGGUUCACGUGGGUCUCUUUGACCAUCUCGUUCAGGAAGUCGUUGAAGGAGCGGUGUUCAGACUGAAGAAGACACAGGUUAGCAGGUGGAAAGGGCGGUAAGGGGGUUGGGGGGGGGCGACGAAAGAUUUACCUCGGACAUGCUACUUUGAAACUUGACCCAUUCCCCCUCUUCUAGCACGCACUCGGUGUAUAUUGGUAGGCGAAGACGUUCCGAAGUAUCCUUGUCUAUUAUUGUGCCCAGUUUCGCCUCAAUCUCAAACUUGACACCCCUGGCCUCCAUCUCUUGGAUGUCUGGUGAGCCGAGGACGAAAUGAGUUAGCCAAUCGGCAAUGUGUUUUGUGCAAGAGUCGUAGGGAAGAGCAGUGUUGACGAUGCUGGGUUCCCAUGGUCCUAGCCCCGACGCUAUCGCGGCAGCAUCCGGCUGCGGCGGCCCGGGUGGUGGUAGUGGUGCCGACUGGUGGUCUCGGGGAGCGGCGAUGGAACGUUUUUCUUCGGGGGAUGUUUGCCGGCUGGGCUGGGGCUCGGUCUUGGUGCCGUUGGUCUGAUGAGAUACCGAGCCGGAGAAGGGGACGGGGUGGAAUAAGAUGCUGUUGGCCUUGUGCAGUGGACGGCCGUCCUGGGACUGCGCCCAGACGGGCGGUUGUGUGUACACUUUUCUCCUCUUUUUCUCGGGCGCAACCAUGGCUCGUCGCGCAUUCAAUGGAACGGCGCCGGCAUCGACGAGUGCAGGGCGGCCGCUGGAGUCUCGCAGCGGAGGCGGUCGCGUAUCGCGGUUUUCGAGUUCGUCGGGUCGAAGCUCGCGCUCGGCGAGUUUGCGCUUGGCGGGAGUCGAGGCGCGGUCUCGGGCAGCGUCCUGUUCUGCAAUCGGGGCCAUGGUGGUGGUAGGUGGUGGCGGAUGGAUGGGGGGAUUAAUAAUACGAGAAUCAAAGUCGGAAACAGAAGAACGAGGACGGCCAGAACUGCUUGGCAAACUGGGGACUCGAGUUUUGGGACUGACGCUAAGGCUCCGGUCUCUGUCACCGUGUGAAGGUGGGCCCCGGCCUACUGAGUCUCGACUGUGUGGGUCAUGCUGGCCUGAACUUUGGACACUCGAGUUCCGGGGCAGGGAAGGUGGUGGAGGAGGUGGUGGAGAGGUGUGUGGUGUCGAGUGCCCGUGGAAGCUUGGAGCUGGCAGCCGUUGUCCGUACGGACUGGUUGGCUGGCCGUACCCUGUUGACACCUGCGCAGGGCGCGCCGACAGAGGGACGGCACCUGCUCCCCCUCCCGGCGUGGGUGGCAGCGAGGAUUGUCGCUGCAGGUCCGGCUGCGGAAGCGGAUGGGGGGCUGCCACGGGACUGCCUUGCACAAAAGGCGCGCCAUAUUGUGCCGGUUGGCUGUGUGCUGACGUCGGUGUCGGCGUCGAAUGGGCCGAGUGCGAUCGUUGGACAUAGGCGUGUGGCCCGCCCGGAGUGCCAACCGGAGGCGUCUGCGGAACGUGCGACCCUUGCAUAUACGAAGAAGGCGGCCCUGUCAUACCAGCAACACCCGUCGGCUGGCCGUAGCCUUCUCUGGGGUAGGCGCUGGUCGGCGUAUACUGGUGUCGUUGCACAGGGCUGGUGGGGGCUUGCUGUGGUGGGAAGGGGUAGCCGCUCGCCGUGCUGAUUGAGGAGGAGCCUGGUGUCUGCCGGUACGGGGACGGGACGGGCCCGGAGCUCAUGCUCGGCGACCGGAGCUCGGCUGGUGGCAUUGGCAUCGGCUGGAUGGAUGGUGGAGGUGGUCGACCGGCGCCAUAUGGACCUGCGCUCGGAUAGGGAGGCGGCGAUGCGAAGGCGCCUGAUGGUGCCCGCUGUUGGGCGCCGUAGUCAUGCGAUACGUGACGGCUCGGGGAUGGCUGAGGCUGCUGGCCGUAGUCACGGAACGACUGGUGGGGGUUUGUUUGGAUCGGCGUCGAUGGCAGCGUCGGCUGUGGAUGCAUCUGCUGCUGAUGGUGGUGCUGUUGCUGGUGGUGCUGCGGUGCUGGCUGCAGUGUUGGUGGUUGUGGCGGCUUGCUGGGUGUCGAGGCAGCAGGCCCAUUGUCGUUCAGCAUGACCCUGAGAUCCAUCUUGAACCACAGCUGUGAUAUAACGGCUUGAUUGUUCUUAUCUGUCGUCUCUCUCUACUUCCAACCUUGCUCUCUGCUCUCUGCUCUCUGCGCUCACUUCAGCUGAUGGACCGUCUCUUGCAUGUUCCUUUAUUCCAGACAAUAGCGAUGCGACGGCGACGGCGAUGGCGACAGGACCGGGGCGCAAUUUCGGGGCGCGCACAAAGGAGCAAUGGGAUGAAUGGAUGGUAGGUUCGGGAUGUGUAGCUGUAGCUGGUGGUCAUCGCAUCUCCGUCGUUGCCCUUGAUGCGCAGCCAGACAGACACGUCGGUUCGUUCUCUCGGAUUCAGUCGCACAUCACCACGCGACGCGGGCCAUGGGGCGCAACAGGCGAUGGGAGGAGGGGAUGAGCGGGGCGACGGGAUUUAGGUAGGGGAGCGCGGGCGUGUUUAUCACGAUAUGGGCGUCAUGGGGGCUGGGGAGGAUGGCGAGCUAGGAAAAAGGUUGAUGUGUGCAAACGCCUUGUGCCAAACGCAGGUCCGCCGAGUGGAUUGUGGAGUCGCUUGCUGGGCUGGGACCUGGUCCGUCCGCGCGCAUACGGUAGGUAUCGGUAUGUUCUGUUGCUCUCUCGUGUCCGGGGGGGAGGGAUUUCUCAAAUCACGGCCUAACAGUACGUUUUUUCCCGCUUCCGGCAUCGAUGCCGUCCAGAGGCACAACUCAAGAGGUCAGUGGCAGUGGCGUGCCCUGAGAUCAGUACAGAUACACGCCGUCUACAUUCAAGGAUCCACUCAUCCAGCUCUGCACCAGCUUGAGCUGACCGAAGUUGAGUGUUACGCUGUACAAGACUGAUUGACUGCAAGAGGCUCCCGUCACAGCCAAAAGCCAAAAGCCGACAAACACAAAAGUUUCCGGUCGCAGUGGACAGCUGUCGCACUCAGCGACCCCAGCUGCCCCGGCUGUCCAUCCAGCCUUAUGACAAAGCUGGGGGGAGCAUGGACCACCAGAUGGCGGAGCGCAAAAUAUAAGCUUCCGAAGUGGCCAUUGAUUGGCUGACCCGCUGACUAACAUCAGCCUUGGCCUCUCUUGGCCCUUGUCCCAGACAAGCCUGGGCGAGGCAGGCAGGCAGGCAGAGCUCCUGACGUGGACUGGAGUCUAACCUGGAAAGCGCCGCUGCCAAACAACAAGCUCCAAGCAACGAAGCUUCAACAACACCACAUUCUCAACACCACAUCAUCCAUCUCGACCCUUAGCGCGCAGUUUACUUUCGAGUCUUGAUCUGCGAAAUCCUCGCUGAGAUAUUGAAAUACAAUCACUAACCCCUCUCCCCCCGACAUCGAAGCGCAUCGACACAAUGCCAGGCCUCGUUACAGCCAGCGGAGUGUUGGCUUUUCUCACUGACGAGGAGCCCGAGCUCAAGGUCUUCGCCCUCAAGACUCUCAAUGACGACAUCGACACUGUUUGGACCGAGGUUGCCAGUUCGUUGAGUCAAAUUGAGGCCCUUUACGAGGACGAGUCCUUCCCCGAGCGUCGCCUCGCUGCCCUCGUUUUGGCCAAGGUUUACUUCCAUCUCCAGGCUUAUAAUGAGAGCAUGACUUUUGCCUUGGCCGCCGGGCCCCUGUUCAACUUCGAUGCUCCUGGCGAGUUCGAGGAGACUAUCCUCUCCAAGUGCGUCGAUCAGUACAUUGCCGUCUCGUCGGCCCGCCAUGUCCCUUCGAAACAGAGCAAGGCCAACAUCUCUCUAGAAACCACCUUUGGCACUGGCUCCAUCGACGGCUCUGCCUUGAUCUCGCCAACCACGCCCUUCUCCCAGUCGACCUUGCCACCCAAGUCUUUCCUCUCGCGUGCCUCGACCGACAACACUAUCCUGGACCCCACUUUCCAGCCAACCAAGGAGGGACGCUCCAACUCGGUCGUCCAAAUCACCGACAGCAGCACCCAAAAAGCCCUUCAAAAUGUCAUCGAGCGUCUCUUUGAGAGCUGCUUGAAGCAGGGAAAAUACAGACAGGUUGUUGGUAUCGCUGUGGAGGCCAAGAACCUCGAGGUUCUCCGGAGGGUCAUCAAGCGGGCCAGCGAGGAGGGCAAGCAGUCCAAGGAUAGCACACAGAGCCCAGCCGAGGAGCUCAUGGACUAUCUUCUCAAGAUCUCCAUGGACAUUGUCCAAGAGCGUGGCCUGAGAACCGAGAUCCUGCGCCUGAUCCUGGAUCUUCUUAGCGAGAUCCCUAACCCAGACUAUUUUGCCAUCGCCAAGUGUGUGGUUCACCUUGACUCGGACGAGGAGGCCGACAAGAUGAUUAGGCAACUAGUAACCAAGGGCGACCCGAAUUCGAUUGCUAUUGCUUAUCAAAUCGCAUUUGAUCUUUACGACAACGCUACCCAGGAGUUCUUGGGCAAGGUGCUCAAGUCUCUUCCGUCCGGCAGAGCGCCCGAGCCCCCAGCGACUGCGACCGAGGAUGGCCCCGCCGAAGAAGAGGCUCUACUCGAGAGCCAAGAAGGCUCGGAAGAGGAGCAACUCCCCGAGGAGACGGCCAAGGUUUACAGGAAUAUUCGUUCCAUUCUCGAUGGCAGCAAGGCGAUCAAGCUCAACCUCGAAUUCCUCUAUCGCAAUAACCACACAGACAUCACCAUUCUGAACAAGGUCCGGGACAGCCUGGAAGGUCGUAACUCCAUCUUCCACACGGCUGUGACUUUCUGCAAUGCUUUCAUGAAUGCCGGCACCACCAACGACAAAUUCUUCCGUGACAACCUGGACUGGCUUGGCAAGGCCAUCAACUGGUCCAAGUUCACUGCUACGGCUGCUCUCGGUGUCAUUCACCGCGGCAACAUCACCCAGUCCCGCAAGCUGCUGGAGCCCUAUCUUCCUAAGCAGACUGGAGUCAGCAGCGGUGGCUCUAUCUUUAGCCAGGGCGGCGCUCUUUACGCCUAUGGCCUCAUCCACGCCAACCAUGGCGCUGAUGCUCUUGAAUAUCUGCGUGGCCAGUUCAACGGUGCCGAGGAAGAAGUCAUCCAGCACGGCGGUUCCUUGGGUCUUGGCAUCGCUGGCAUGGCCACGGGUGACGAGCAGAUCUUUGAGGACCUUACCAAGGUCCUCUUUGCCGAUUCUGCCCUCAACGGUGAGGCUGUUGGGUUGGCCAUGGGCUUGAUCAUGUUGGGCACCGGAAACGCCAAGGCCGUGGAGACCAUGUUUACCUAUGCCCACGAAACUACCCACGAGAAGAUUGUCCGCGGUCUUGCUCUAGGCAUGGCCCUCAUCAUGUUUGGGCAACAGGAAAAUGCCGAUGUCAUGAUUGAGGGCCUUCUUGCCGACCCCGACCCGACGCUGCGCUAUGGAGGUGUACUCACGGUUGCCAUGGCCUACUGCGGUACUGGAAGCAACAAGGCCAUUCGCAAGCUCCUUCACCUUGCUGUCAGCGACGUGAACGACGAUGUGCGCCGUAUCGCCGUCAUGUCUCUUGGUUUCAUCCUCUUCCGCAAGCCCGGAAGUGUUCCCCGGAUGGUGGAGCUCCUUGCUGAAUCCUACAACCCUCACGUCCGGUACGGCUCCGCCAUGGCUCUGGGUAUCUCAUGCGCCGGCACCGGUCUGGAUGAGGCCAUUGACCUGCUCGAGCCCAUGAUGAAGGAUCCUACCGACUUUGUCCGCCAGGGCGCCCUGAUCGCCCUGUCUAUGAUCAUGAUUCAGCAGAACGAGGUCAUGAACCCCAAGGUUGCCGCCAUCAGAAAGACUCUCAAGAAGGUUGUUGGCGAUCGUCAUGAGGAUGCCAUGACCAAGUUUGGUGCCGCCGUUGCCAUGGGUAUUCUGGAUGCUGGCGGCCGCAACUGCUCGGUUGGUCUCCAGACCCAGACUGGCAACCUCAACAUGCCCGGCAUUGUGGGCAUGGCCGUCUUCACGCAGUACUGGUACUGGUUCCCCUUCACCCACUUCCUGUCGCUGAGCUUCGUGCCCACCUCCAUCAUCGGACUUGAUCACGACCUCGAGAUCCCCAGUUUCAAAUUUCACUGCAACACUCGCCCGAGCCUGUUUGACUAUCCCCCAGAGCAAGAAGUCAAGACCGAGGAGGGGCCGGCGCUCAUUGCAACUGCCAUCUUGUCCACCACGGCACAGGCCAAGCGUCGCGCUCAGAAGAAGGAGCGUGCCCAGCGUCGUGAGAGCAUGGAUAUUGAUACUCCUACCCUUGCCAAGACUCCUGCCCCCGCUGGAGACAAGAUGGAUGUGGACGAGGACAAGAAGGCCAAGACGGAGGAGCCCAAGGACAAGAAGGAGGAGACCGGGGCUGAGAGAGAAGGCUCGGUCGACUCCAAGAAGAAGGCGGAGAAGGAGAAGGUUGGCUACGAGGUUGAGAACAUGUCUCGUGUUCUUCCAGGCCAGUUCAAGUACAUCAGCUUCCCGACGGGACGUUACAAGCCCGUCAAGAAGCCUACCGGUGGCCCCCUCUUGCUCCACGACACGCAGCCCGACGAGCCCAAGACGUUGAUUGAGGAGAAGCUGAAGAAGGUGACGACCGAGAGAGCUCCCGUGGUUGGCGCGCAGGCCGGGCGAGGUGGUGCCCAGACGUCAGCCACGCAAUUGCUGCAGAGCAUGGAGGCUGCCCGUAGCCGGGCGGGAUUGGGCAGCGAGCUUAACGAGAUUCUCCGCCUUUCUGCCCAGGCUGCUCGGGAGAUACCACAGGGACGUUCUUCCUCGACUGCUGGUGGCGACGGAAGCGGAGCGGCGGCAGCUGCGGGUGUGUUGACGGCUGUUGAUGAGGACAAUGAGGGUGAUGAGGAGGCGCCCAAGCCCGCGGACUUUGAGUACUUUACCGAUGCCGAGGAUGAGGAGUAG